UUUGCACAAUGGAUAUCCGUGUUCUGCGACCCGAGGACAUUCCUCACGUUCAACUCGCCAACAUCACCAACCUGCCCGAGAACUACUUCUGCAAGUACUAUCUCUACCAUGCGAUGAGCUGGCCGCAGCUCAGCUAUGUUGCUGUCGAUGUCUCGCGCCCCCCCAAAACCCCCUACGACCCACCCAAGAUCGUAGGCUACGUGCUCGCGAAAAUGGAGGAAGAACCCACCGACGGCGUAGCCCACGGCCACAUCACGUCGCUGUCGGUGAUGCGAACGCACCGACGUCUAGGGCUAGCCGAGAAGCUUAUGAGGCAGAGCCAACGCGCGAUGCACGAAACCUUCUCAGCGCACUACGUGUCGCUGCACGUGCGCGUGUCCAACACCGCGGCGCUGCAUCUCUACCGCGACACGCUCGGCUUCACCGUCGACAAGAUCGAGGAAAAGUACUACGCGGACGGCGAGAACGCGUACUCGAUGCGCAUGGAGAUGUCUGCGCUGCGCGAGGAGCAGAAGAAGCUCGACGACGGGGUGGAUGUGGAUGAGGUUUGGGGCACGGGGGUGAAGAGCGAGGGCAAGGAUGAGGGCGAGGGCGUGGGGAGCGAGGGGAAGAAGGAGGGUGAGGCCGAGAUGAGGAGUGUCAAGAUUGGGAGGGGGUUGGGGGUUGGGGAGUUGGUUGAGAGGAAUGAAGUUGCUGCUUAGG